GGAGAGGGGGGAGCCGGGGCCGGGGACGGCCCGCGCGCGGGGAUGGAGGCGAGGGGCUUGUGCCUGCCCCGCGGGCCCGAGAACCUCUGCUUCGACAAGGACGAGUUCAUGAAGCCAGACUUUGAUGUCGAUCACUUUGUGUCCGACUGCAGAAAGCGUGUCCAGUUGGAAGAGCUCAGAGAUGAUCUGGAGCUCUAUUACAAACUCCUUAAAACUUCCAUGGUAGAACUCAUAAACAAGGACUAUGCAGAUUUUGUUAAUCUUUCAACAAAUCUGGUUGGCAUGGAUAAGGCCCUCAAUCAGCUUUCAGUGCCAUUGGGACAGUUACGAGAAGAGGUCAUGAGCCUUAAGUCGUGCGUGAGUGAAGGAAUUCGGGCAGUAGAUGAACGUAUGUCUAAACAAGAGGAUAUCAGAAGAAAAAAGAUGUGUGUCUUGAGACUUAUUCAAGUUAUUCAAUCAGUUGAAAAAAUUGAGAAAAUUCUACACUCCCAAGGCUCUAAAGAAUUGUCCUUAUUAGAAGCAAACAGCCCACUUUUGACUGGACAGAUUUUAGAGAGAAUUGCCACAGAAUUUAACCAAUUACAAUUUCAUGCAGUACAAAGCAAAGGAAUGCCUCUUUUGGACAAAGUGAGACCACGUAUAGCUGGAAUAACAGCUAUGUUGCAGCAGUCUCUGGAAGGGCUGCUCUUGGAAGGCCUUCAAACUUCCAAUGUUGACAUAGUACGUCAUUGCUUACGGACCUAUGCAACAAUUGACAAAACACGAGAUGCAGAGGCAUUAGUUGGCCAGGUUCUUGUAAAACCAUACGUAAAUGAGGGUCAGGAAGUAUCUGAUCUCUCUAAUCUUAUCUUAGAUAUCUCUCUCUUAAGCUGUGCAAUGUUAAAUAUAGGAUUUGACUGCAGAAAUAAUAUCAGAAAUGUCUUUGUUACAAUACAUCUUGUUCUGGAAUAUGGUAUGGAGUGGGGAUGGGAAGGGUUGCACAAGUUUGCUUAUGUUUGGGGCUUGGCAGUGUAUCUUAGUUUCAACUUCAACAUUUGUAAUUCAACAGGAGCCUUGGAAGACUCUCAGGCUUCUUUAUCAGCCUCCAUGCCUACCUUGAAUAAUAAGAUUAUUCAGGAUUUGAGUGAGUCCUGCUUCAGUUAUCUAAAAAGUGCACUAGAAGUACCAAGACACUAUAGAAGAACCAAUAAGGAGGUGCCAACUAAAGCAUCACCUUACGUUGACAGUGCUCUUAAACCUUUCUACCGACUGCAGGAUGAGUACAAGGCUAUGUUGAAGCAACCCAGGAUUCAUCAAUGGUUGGAAAGCGCCUUAUCUGAAAGCACACAAAAGUAUUAUGAAACUGUAUCAGAUGUUUUGAGCUCUGUAAAGAAAAUGGAAGAGAGCCUGAAAAGACUCAAACAGGCCAGAAAAACUGUAAUUCCAAACCAGGUUAAUUCAAACGGGGGCAUGAGCGAUGAUAACAAAAUCAGACUGCAGUUGGCCCUGGAUGUUGAGUACUUUGGAGGCCAGAUGCAAAAGAUGGGAUUACAGACAAGCAACAUAAAAAGCUUUUCAGCUCUUCUAGAGCUUGUUCUAGCUGCCAAGGAUCAGACUACGGUGGAACAACCUUAAAUAUAUUUGACAACGUGAUGAGAAUGAACCAGGACUCCAAAAACGGGAGGGAAUUAUUUCCCUCUUCUUUCUUUUACCAAACACUAUGUAGCAAUGAAGUGCUUCCUAAUGCAUCUCCAGCAGCAAGUCAAUGCAUCUUCUGUCAAGAUACCCAAAGACUUGUUUCAACAAAAAAUUACAAGAGAGCAUUCAAUGUAGUUUUCCAUUGUAUGGAAGACAGUUAAAAACAUUCGAAACUUUCUACUUGAGAUUAAAAGCAAAGCAAAUGUUUUUAUUUUUAUUGUAAAUCUUAGUGUGGAAGAACUGACUUAAUGAUUAAAAUAAAUAUAUAAUAAAUUGUC